AUGAGUGACUUUAAGGCACAAGAUCUGAGUAUUUCUCUUCAGAAGAAACUGUUGGGAAAGAUGGCAAAGAAAAGUUUGGCCAAACUGUUCAUCGAUGACAUAUCGGCCCAAUUGUUGGACAAUUUGCACCGAUUAUCCAAAUUUAAUGGACAGUACGAAAAAAAGGAGUCAAACAAAAUUGUUAAACAUAUUAUUAAGUUGAUAAUAAAAACAGCAAUAAUUGCCAAAAACGACUGUUUCACUGACGAUGACCUAACAGAUGCCGAAAUAUUGAAAGAAGAAUUCCGAUCGAUAUGUAUGACUAUCGUAUCGUUUCAUGAAUUGGACUUUUCCUACGACCGAAACUAUUUGAUCUCAUCGCUGGACAAAUGCAAACAAACACUCAAACGACUGCUGAAGAAGUAUUUGUCUAAUAAAUCCAUGGAUCGAAUCGAAAUGAUCUUCAAUUUCUAUACAAAACCAGAAUUUUUGGACACAUUCUUCCGGCAAACAGACGGAGAGAUUAAACAUCUGAGAGAUGAUAUCAUCAGAGACUUAAGUAUUUUACUGGAAAAGGGACUCAUUUGAUAAGUUAUGUGAUUUUUUUUAUUAACAAAAAUAAUUCAAGUCAUUAACAAUUUUUUAAAAAUAUUAUAUAUUUAUUUGUAUUUAUAAUACAUUUUUUAUA